GAGUCUGCUCAAGGGAUGCUGAAAAAUUGGGGAAUAAGACCUAAAAAGUAUUUUUAAAUUAUUGUCAGUGGUUUCAUCUAGGGAUUGACCAAAUCAAAGCCAAUGAUAGUAAGCUUUCAAUAGGUUGUAAAAUUGUUGUUACGUAAAGUAACUAUUAAUUACUUAACUUUAAAAAGUCAGCAGAAAAAUGAUUGUUUUCUUAUGUUAUACUUGUUGAAAGAGAUUGGUUACUAAAACUGUUUGCUUGCUUUAAAUUUAAAUUAAAAUAUUAUUAGUCUGAUUGGAAAAUAUUUAGAAGAAUAAUACCAUUUUUGAAAAUUAAAACUCAGAUCGUGUGAAGAAGUUUCAUAAAUGAGUGGUUCUUUCUGAAAUGCCUUGAUUAAUUAUUUAUAUCAUGUUUUUUUAUUAUGAUUUUUUUAAAGUUUUUUUUUAGUAUUAUUAUAUAUGUUAUUUUAAACUAUAUUGAGCUAUAAGUUUCCGUCAAGCUUACCUGUUUUAAUGUGUCAAAAAUGUUGUCGCCUGUCGACAGCUUCUCUGAAAAUGAGAAAUGUGUCAACGUGAAGCACGAGGUGCAGCUUUCAUCGCCUCCCUUGCAGCCAUUGCCGCCAUAUCCAGUGUCGCCUGGGCCCAAACCCCGCCACAGCAGCGGCUGCCGCCGGAUUACGUUAAGGGAAUACUCAGCCUGAAGAGCAGUCUGCUGGCCAACAAGCAGUCCAAUUCAGGAAUCAGAUUCGGCAUGAGGUAUACGCCACAAUUGGAGACUAAAGAGCAUACCGAAGGUCUGCAGCAGGAGAUUCAGGUUGAGCAUGUCGCCAAUCUGAGGCAUUCUCCACCAGCUCACAGAUCCCUUGUUCACUCCCAGAUGCCGCAGCUCCAGUUGAAUCGAUAUAGCCAGGAGUUUCCUGCGCCCCACCUCUUCCAGCCGCCUUUUCUUCCUCUGUCAACAAGGCAGGAGUCACCACAACUGGAGGCACAGGACUCACAGGAUUCACCACCCACUGCCGAGCAACUGGAGAUGCUGCAACAGUUGUCCGACUUUUUUGGCCAGCGGCAGCAGCUGCAACAACAGGUGCAACAACAGGGGCAAUCGGCGGACGAUGCUCAGGAUAAAAGUGUGGAAAAAGAACUGUGCGAUGCUGAGCCGACAGCAGAUGGUUGUGAAACCACAAACGAGCCCGACAAAACUGAGGAGGAAGAUUCGGUUUCCGUGGAUGUGAAGAACAAGCCGGUGGAGGAGACCACCACAGCUCAGCCGAAACCUACUGUGGUCCCCAAAACAAAGGCAACCAAGCCGAGUAUCGCCAAGUCCACAACUCAUAAGCCUAGGACGACUCGUUCUACCAAAUCUACAACAAAAAAGCUGCCCUGUUGCACUAAGCCGCUGAAGCAAUCCCUUGCAAAGGCUCCCAAUUUCAUUAGUUUUUCGCUGAAUAUUGAAAACGAUAAUACCGAGGAGGCAAAGUCCUUGCAACCACAACAUCGUACUGGUAGGCACGUGAUUAAGCCUGAUUUGCGUAUAAAUGCCAUUACCAACUUACUGAGAUAUCGCAGUAAACGAGCUCAGGGUGCAGCUCCAUAUCCCAAGCCCUUUACGCAGUUAAAGGAUCAAAAACUGGAUUCACAAAUUCGACAGAAACGAAGAAGGGAUAAGAUACUGGACAAAAAGCAACUCCUACAGGCUGAGCUCAAAAUAUGGCCCAUUAGCAUACGAUCGAGUUGAAAAUAAUUAUAUUUUUUAAAAAUUUAAUUAAAUAAAUAUUUUUGAGAAGGGGGAUUUGCAAGUAAGCUUAGAACUUUAGAGAACCUCCUUUUCAUUGGUUUUUCCACAGUUUUUCUCUUAGGUGCAACACGUUUUGUAAGACC